UGAAGAAGUUUGGACAUUGCGGUUUUUCAAGCAUGAUCGUGGUCCAGGGGCAAUGGUUGUUGAGGAGCCAAUGGAUCGAGACCUUGUCUGCUUUUUCAAUAUGGUUGAGAUAAUAGAGAAGCUUGGGUACCAGAAAAGUGAUGAAAUAUUUUUUGCCCAACCUGGAUGUUACUGCCGCACAUCAAUGACAAGAAUCAAGGGUGACAGCAAUGUCAUGGACAUGCUUAGGGAAAACGAUAGCAUAAAUAAAGUUGACAUACAUAUUUUUGACAGAAAAGUUGCCUCAAGCAGUGCACUAGAAGAGGAUGUUGUUGCAGAUGCCACUGAUAAUGUGGAGGCAAAUAAAAAUAGAGAUUUAGAAGAAAAAGGAUCUGAACAGUUGAAGAACAGUGAUGAAGACUUGUGGAUGGACCAGGGUGAUAAUACAUUUCUCUUUGUUGAUGGUAAAGAAGAUGAAGACUCAGAAUAUAGCGAUGAUGAUUUUGACCUUGAUCAAGAGAAGAUUGACUAUAUUCAUAAGCUACAGGAGAUAAAGAGACAACGAGCUGACCCUAGGAAUCGUUGUGAAGGUGAUACUGAUGAUGAGGAUUUGUUUGUCCCUGUUGUUGAUUGGAGUGCUCUAUCUGUUGUUCCGGUGGACUCUAAGGAUGUGGCAGAGGCAAUAUCAAACAAGGCUCAAUGUGGUGUUGUCAAUAUUCAAGAUGGUACAGAUGUUGCAUCAUCAAAUUUGCAAAAGAAGAAUAGCACUAAGGCGAGUAGGAAUGUCAAAGGACAAAAUGAUGUGGGGUCUUCUCAGGUUGAGGAAACUGUUUUUUCUGAUCCUCCAAGUGAGGAUGGUGGGGCUAGUGCUGUUGAAUAUGAAAGUAGCGAUGAUGGUCAAAAACUUGAUGCACAAGCUAAGAGGAGGAAGAGGAGAAGAAGAGAGAGUAGGGUGGUUAACAGGAGGAUUUACUUUGAUGAAGAUAACAUUAUGGACACCACACAAUUACAGGAGGCUAUGUGUUUUACCAAUGUCGACCAAUAUAGAAGGGCUUUAAAAUCCUAUCACAUUGUCCAAGGAAGAGACUACAGAUACACAAGAAAUGAGCCCCGUAGGGUCAAUGUUAAAUGCAAAGAAGAAAAUUGUCCAUUCAUCAUGAGGGGGUCUCGAAUUGCUAGAGAGCACACUUUUAUGCUGAGGGAGAUGAUACCUCAUACAUGUGGGACAACGAGAGCGAAUUCAAGGUUGAAUAGCACUUGGUUGAGUUAUAAAUACCUCGAAAAUUUUAGAAGUGACCCUGAUUGGAAGGUUAGUGCGUUACAAGAUCAGUGCAUGAGAGAAUUAGGUACUGAUGUUUCUAAGACCAUGGCAUACAGGGCUAAGAGAAAGGCAGGAGAAAAAGUUCUUGGCAAUCAUAAAAAACAAUACAUGAGAAUUAGAGAUUACCUGCAAACUGUCAUUGAUAAGAACCCAGGGAGCACAGCAGUUGUGUCAACUGUGGAUAGAAUAGCUCUAGGAAUGAAUCCUAGAUUUUAUGGUCUCUUCAUCUGCUUGAAUGCCCAGAGACAGGGAUUUCUCGAUGGUUGUAGGCCAUUCAUAAUAAUGGAGCCCAAGUGCUAG